UUGGGGCGCAUGCGCGGCUGCCUGCUCCUCCUGGGCCUGAGGCGGCGGGUGGUGGAUGCCGGCGGCGGGCGCUGCCUUGGCGGCGCGGGGGGGCCAUGCUGCCUCGGCGCAGCUCUCUGACGGGGCUGGCGGUGGGGCUCUUCGCCGUCUACGUGGCGCACACCUGCUGGGUCAUGUACGGCAUCGUCCACACGCGGCCCUGCCUCGCCGCCAACCGGGAAGGAGCGCCCGGCGGCCACGACGGCUGCAUCCGGCCUUACCUGGCGCGCAGGCCCAAGCUCCAGCUAAGUGUUUACACAACUACCCGAUCAAGUAUAGGUGCUGAGAAUAAUAUCGAUCUGGUUUUAAAUGUGGAGAAUUUUGAUGUCGAGUCAAAAUUUGAAAGGACAGUUAAUGUAUCUGUACCAAAGAAAACACGAAAUAAUGGAACAUUAUAUGCUUACAUAUUUCUUCAUCAUGCUGGAAUUCAGCCUUGGCAGGAUGGCAAACAAGUGCACAUAGUAAGCCCUCUGACUACAUACAUGGUACCAAAACCUGAAGAAAUUAAUCUUAUCACAGGAGAAUCUGUCACGCAGCAAAUUGAAACAGGAAAAAAGCAGACUUAUGCCCUAGAUGAGCCCGUCUCGCAUUGGAGGUCCAGGUUGACCUUAAAUGUUAUGGUGGAAGAUUUUGUCUUUGAUGGGUCCUCUCUCCCAGCUGAUGUGCACAGAUAUAUGAAAAUGGUUCAGUUGGGCAAGACAGUGCAUUAUCUUCCAAUAUUAUUUAUUGAUCAGUUGAGCAACAGAGUGAAGGAUUUAAUGAUUAUAAACCGUUCAACAACAGAGCUGCCACUUACAGUGUCAUAUGAUCAAAUAUCGUUAGGAAAACUCAGAUUUUGGAUCCACAUGCAAGAUGCUGUAUACUCCUUGCAGCAGUUUGGCUUUUCAGAAAAGGAUGCUGAUGAAGUUAAGGGAAUUUUUGUGGAUACAAACCUCUAUUUUCUUGCUUUGACAUUCUUUGUUGCAGCUUUUCAUCUUCUCUUUGAUUUCCUUGCAUUUAAAAAUGAUAUCAGCUUCUGGAAAAAAAAGAAGAGCAUGAUUGGCAUGUCCACAAAAGCAGUGCUUUGGCGGUGCUUUAGUACCGUGAUCAUAUUUCUUUUCCUCUUGGAUGAGCAAACAAGCUUGUUGGUGCUGAUUCCAGCUGGUGUUGGAGCAGUGAUUGAGCUUUGGAAAGUGAAGAAAGCAUUGAAAAUGACAAUUGAAUGGAAUAGCCUGAUUCCAGUGAUUAAGUUUGGUGCUUUUACAGAGUCAGAAAGGAAAACUGAAGAGUAUGAUACCCAGGCUAUGAAAUACUUGUCAUAUUUGCUGUACCCAUUGUGUAUUGGAGGUGCAGUUUAUUCAUUGCUCAAUAUUAAAUACAAAAGCUGGUAUUCAUGGUUAAUUAACAGCUUUGUCAAUGGAGUAUAUGCUUUUGGAUUUCUAUUUAUGUUGCCACAACUGUUUGUAAAUUAUAAGAUGAAAUCUGUUGCACAUUUGCCAUGGAAGGCAUUCACAUAUAAAGCAUUUAACACUUUCAUUGAUGAUAUUUUUGCAUUUAUCAUCACAAUGCCAACAUCGCAUCGACUGGCGUGUUUUAGAGAUGAUGUAGUGUUCCUGGUUUACCUUUACCAAAGAUGGCUUUAUCCUGUGGAUAAGAGCAGAGUGAAUGAAUAUGGUGAAUCCUAUGAAGAGAAGCCGAAAAGAAAGCCCCACAAAGAAUAAUUUUGGGAUAACUCUACAAGCCUCUUGGGACUGCUGCAAACUGUCUGACUUUUUAAAAAGUGAUGAAGCGAAAGAGUAUUCUUCAAGGCUUGCAACAGAACUUAACAGACAAUAUAUCAUCUGCAUUGCCAAAAUAUGUUUUCAUUGCCGAGGGAUCAAUCUUCUUUUAUCUUUAUCAUUUGUGUGUGGUUUGGGGGGGGGGGGUGUGUCAAGAAGUCUGACAAUAUUUCUGUUAGGUUUCACACCACCAGUCAACCUUUUCUGUGAAAGUUUUUGCAUUGGUAUUUGUGUCUGUUUUACUUAAUAUCUUGAACCUUCCAACAACAGGCAAUGAGGCAUUUGCAAUUUGUGGCCACUACUUAAGUAAAGAGAAGGGGAUACUGUGCAUAAUUGUAAAAAAGGUGAUCGUGGUGUGUGGGGAGGGAUAAGCCUUUGACUUUCCAGCCUUCUAUAAAAUGUUUUUGUACUUUGUUGGACCAAUCCUAAGGCACAGUAUAUCCAAAGCUGUAAGCUGUUAAGUCCAAUUGAUUUCGGUAAAGAAGAGUGAAGCAUAUGCUUAUGCUCUCCUUUAGAAAUCAAGUGGGUUAGAGAAAUGUUUGUUUAGCUGGAUUGUCCCCCAUGUUUUAUAUCACUUUUCCCUACUGUGCGCAUUUCAAUUUCGUUUUUAGACCAAGCUGUCAGCUGCAGUUCUCAAUAGGAAAUUAGUUACGGCAGCAAAACUGAGCAUCCUUGCUGCAAUAUUAUCAAUAUAUAAAGGCAUGUGCUGUAUGUUAUGUGUACCAGACAGUUCUGAAAUGCCACUGGACAUAGCUUCUAACUUUUUAAAAAUACAUUUUUAACUUGUAGAGGCGAAUUAGAAUAAAUCCAACAAACCACAUGCAGCAAAGAGUAUUCAGUUGUUAUAUUUUUGUACACAGGGCGAAACACUUUCUUUUGCCCUAUAGAUGGAACAUCUGGGUUCCUCCGAAACUAGAUCUUUUUUCUAAGGCGAGAACCAUUAUGUUGUAGUCAGAGACAUCUUUUUAAAAAGGAUGUAAAUACAUACUUGCAUGACACACUAUUGUGCCAAUUAUACUUCGGCAGGGAACCUUUUCCUUUCUAUAUUGACAUUAAACAAUGAAGGAAAGUCAUUUGAAGUCAUCAGUAGCUAGACUAAAACUGGAGGUAGUGAGAUACAUUUCUAGAGGAGAUUGUGUUUAAAGUCUGGUGAAAAGAGAAAUCAACUUUCCAAUUGCCUUUUUUUUUGGUACAGGGAUGUAAACUUUUAUAACUAUCCUUUUUAUAAAUUUGGAUGCUGCAUUUAUUAAUUAAAUAAUCUCCCUAUUUUUUCUGAAAUGUAAUUUAUUUUAAGUAUGUUUAGAAUGCAAGUGAAAAAAGAUCUUCACUUACACCAUUGCAUGGAAUCGAGCAGAGCUGCAAUGCUAUAUCUGUCCUAUAUUGAGGUAAAUGCCCUCUGAAUUCUGUGGGAUUUUUAUUACUGGACAGAAAUGUAUGUAUCUGCAGUUUUAGUCCCUUGGUAUGAGCUCCUUGAGCACUGCAUUACAAACAUAGGUCUUUUGUGCAUGUCAGUAAGGGAUCUCUCUGUGCAUGUAGGACCACUUGCCCACCCCACUGGAUGGGGGCUUAGGGGUGCCAUCUUGUGCCCAAUUAUGCAUGCUUAAGCCCAUUGACGUGAAUGAGACUUGAGCAUGCUUUAUGGUGAUCCUUGUUGCCAAAAGAAUUUUGCAUUUAAUACCACUGAAUGCACAUGCAUGUUGUCCCCAUUAAUAACACCCCGAAAUCCACUUAUGGUUAGCAUCAGGUGGCUUGUUGUGGGUUUUUAGGGUAGGUUACUAAUGGGUUGGAACUCAACUAAGUAGUUAAGCCCUAGUCCCAUUCAAGGGAAUGGAAGAAACUAAUUAAUUUGUCAGUGGAACCAAAGUGUGACAAAUCUAAUAUGCAGUGUCAUGUAUCUAGUAUUUUUUUAAAUGACAAUGUUGGCACCCAAAUACUUGAUUUUUUCCCCUACUACCUUUAUUCUAUAAAGCAAGGCUUAAAUUAAUGUACUGAGUGGGUUUGGCCAUGAUCUAUCCAGUGGAAUACUUCUAGGUCCAAAAAAAAAAUCCUGGCAGAAAUACUAAUAUCCCAGGUUUCUUUGUCUGGUUGGUAUAUCAAAGUACAGAGGAUCCGUGCUUAGCGGAAUAAUUUGCAGCACAGUUAUUAUUUCCUUUAAAUUAACUUGUUUUGUUUUAAAUCUUGAAUGAAGAAUGUAACAUCUUAUUGUCCUAUCAAAGAAAAGACCUGAUUAGCUUCUUGUUGAGUCAGUGACCUUUGUUCCCUUCAGUCUGUGUACAAAAUAAACGUUCAUGCAGAGAGCCCAGGCUCUGAUUAUA